AUGGACCUGUACCUCAAUAACUCCUACAAGGCUGCUCAGGGCGCCAAGGCGGCCGCCAGCAGCCCAACUGCCGAGAGGGAGCGAUGUGACUCCGACUCGCAAAAAGACCCCACUCCAGAGGUCGGAGCCGCUAAUCUAUUGGAUCUUCCUCUUGGGGUCAAGCUUCCCGUUAUUCCAGGAAGUAAUAAUGUAUUCUAUACUACAAAUUUAAGUGAAAAGCUUUAUCAACCUUCUUAUGACUUUAACCUGUCUGAUCCUUAUUGUCGGCUUUUGGAAACCAGCUAUAAAAGCCUGCACGAUCCACAUUUAAAAUCGUACUAUAGGCGAAAAGAUAUCCUGAGGAGAUUAAAGAAAGGCGGCUAUGUCACCAGCAAUAAUAAGGUUGUUUGCACCUUGAAGGAAUUGAAUAAGUACAGGCAGUGUCUCACCAGUUUGAAAUUAGACUUUGAAAGAAACUAUGUAACAGAAAAAAAAAUGAUUGAAAAACAAGUAAAUAAAUUGUAUAAAACCAAGAGAGCCUGUGACAGUUAUGGCAAUACACAGUUCCAAGAUUGGCUGUUACAAGAAAAUAAACAAACAACUCCAGACCAAGAGCUGUUGAUAAAGCAAAGAUAUUUAGAUAUGAUUAGCUUGGAAUUAAACAAGCUUGAACACAUGGCAGAAAAUCAGAACAUACUCCGGAUAAAGGAAGAAGAAAGACGACAUCGGGACCACAUUAGAAGAAAACUUAGUCUCCGGAGACAAAUUGAAGAGGUAACUUCUGAAGAACUGAACAGUAUAAUUCAAAAUAUAAUGACCUGGGUCGUGGCUGCGGUGACCAGUGUAUUAUACCCAGCCAUCACAAAAUAUGAAGAAAGAUUGCAAAAUAUUACAUGCCCAAUGCCUGAUAACUCCACCGUCUCUUUUGAUAGUGAGAGUUGCUGCAGCACAUGCUGUGAGACAUUUCUGUAUCAAACAGAAUUUAAAGCUAUCUCAGAGCAUAUUGACACUGACAGCCUGUCAUUUGCUUUGCUUCUUGAGGAAAUGAGCAGAUGCUAUGACAUAAUUUCAAGCAUAGCAUCUAGUGUGACCUGGCCAGGUAACCAAGAGGUAACUAACAAGGGGAAAACUACUGCCCCCAAAAUAGUAACCACAAAAGAAAAGCAUCCAAAUAAACUGAAAACCUUAGCUUCGGACAUCUUUGAAAUGGUUUUUGCUAAGUUGGAAGGGUUUGCCAAUAGAAAUUUAGAAAAUCUUUGUGCUGUAAUCUGUGGAAAUAAAAAGAACAAGACAUACUGUGAAAGUGAAAAUACCAACAUUUGUGGUAACACACAUGAAAAACGAUUGCAGUCGACUUUAUACAGGCAUGCAAAGAAAGUGUCAAGUACUAUUUUGAAAGCUCUUCAAACUGAAUUAAACAUGAACUUGCCAGAUUUGGACACAUGUAUAAGUAAGCCACUACAAGAGAAACAAAUACUUAAGAGUUUAGUCAGUUUCAUUUUAGAUGCAAUUUCUCCAGAUAUGUUUAAUGAACCUGAACCAGAAGAGAGAGGCAUUAAAAAUUACAGAUAUAGGCCAAUCUAUGGAAAUUUUCUUCCUGGAGGAGCUGACCCAGAUUCAUAUCUAGAAGAUCCUGCAGAUACAGAGAAAGAAAGUGCUGGGGAGGAAAGACCAACAGAAGAUGAAACUAAAUCAGAUUCUCUUAAGCAACAGGAACUAGAAAAAACACUAAAAACUUUUGAAGUAGAACUCAAAGAGCCAAAAAAGGCCCCACUUGUGCCCAUUGCAAAUAUGAAAAAAAAUGUAUUUGACAGAGAGACUGAUCCAGUUGCGCCAGAAGAUAUUAUUGAAAGGCUAUUCAAUAAAAGUGAUUAUCAUAAAAAACUUCAGUUUCAAAUACUAGAUGCCAUUGAAGGUAUCUUAAUUGACAUCUGUGAGGAAACAAUAGAUGAGAAUAAUCUCCCACUUGCUGUAUCCACUCUUAACUGUAAUGUAAGUGGGAGACAUUUAGAAACAAACUCUGAAAGGGACCCUAGGUAUGCAAAUAAGGCUAUUCUUACACUUUUAGUUCCUAAGGAGUGCGUUGCUAUGAUUUCCAAUGAUAUGGUGGAUAUUGUUCUUCAAAAUCUCACUUCUGCUAUCAUGGUUCGCAUCAGUGCAAAUGAUUCCAUUUCUCCAAUAUUGUCUACAGAAUUUUCUGAUGCAUUUUCCAAAGCAGAGCAUCAACAAUCCCCUAGUAAAGACUCAGUGAAGGGAAGGGCAGAGCAUCAACAACCUAUUGUUACAAACCCAGUGAAUGAAAGGGCAAAGCGUAAGCAACCUCCUGUUAUAGAUUCAGUGAAUGAAAGGAAAAGGGAGAGAUUUCCGUUUGCAAGAAACGGAAGAGAUGUUCAGCUGAAAUCAGCUCUUUCUGAUGAUAAUCAGACAACUGUACUUAAGAAACAAGAUGCCAAGAAAUCUACUCCUGAUCCAUGUAAGGAAAAUGCUCACUUUAUUACUAAAACUAUUUUGAAUAGAUUAAAAUCUUUUGCCACAGAAAGACUAGAUUUGCUACUUAAUCUUGAUCCUGAGACUAGAGAAAAACCAGAUGUUGGCUCAGAAUUUACAAAUUGUAAACAAAAUGACAGUGUGUUUCUUGAAUCAAACCAAACGCCAUUAGAUGUGACUGUCCCGAAAAUAUCGACAGCUGGAACCAUUCUCAGUCAAGAAGUCACAAAUUACACAUUAGCUAAUUACAGAGAAAACCGAAGACCUGCAAUUCAUAUAUCACAAGCUAGUCUUAAGGAAUAUGCUGACCUAAUCGCCAAUACCAUUUUGAUGCUUAUAAAAAAUGACAUAGACCUAGAAAUCCAAAAGAUGUAUACAUAUCAAAACAAUACUUCAUUUCAAGAAAACAUCAUUGCAAGUGAAACUGUCAACAACAUCUUAAAGAGUUUAUGUAAUAAAAUAUCUUUGAAGGCAAGUGGCUUUUACUUAAAGCAGGACCCUGAUCUUUUUACCCAACUAGCUGUACAAAAUGAAAUAGUGCCAGGUCAAAGAGAAAUGGAAGACCACACCAAACUGUCUCUCUUUUCAAAAUACUCAGGUGAAAACCAAAAAACACCAGAAGUGGAAAACCAGAGAAGGACAUUGGAAGAAAUAUUUAGAAAUGGAGAAUCUGGACAGGAAAAAACAAAUUCUUUAUUAAGUGUAGUUAAGGAAAUUUUAAAGAAGGCAUAUCAAAGGGUAUGGGAAAACACAGAACAUUGUUCUCCAUUUAAUGAAUUCCCCCACUUUACAUCUGAUUCUAAAAUUAAAACAUCCGCAGGAAAAAAAGCCUUACAGUCACAUAUAAGCAGUAUUGCAAAUGACAUAUUUGAAAGUGUUUACAGAAAAAUGUUCUCAGUAAUUAUGACCUCGUUAUAUGAGAACAGUGAGACCAGAGGAGAAAUGGAAGCCUCUGGCAGUGAUGGAUUACUGAUGAAUCCAUCAUGCUUUAGAGAACUUAAACAAGCAGAAAAAAGCAGUGUUCCCCCUAAACCUGUGAUACCACAAGUUUAUCCUUACACAGGCAUUGGAAGUGUCAGUUCAUUAGAAAACACCUCAUUGCAAUUUUCUCCGUUGCUACUGGGCGAACACUUGGUUCAACAGGUUCUCAAAAAGAUCACAGAUUUUGCUUUGCUGAAUCUAGAAGAGAGUUCAUCCCCUAAAGGUCAAUCUGAUGAAAUUCUGAGGCCAUGCAGUUCUAAAGCUAGCCCUAAGGGCAGCCCUAGGGCAAGUGUUAAGACAAAUUUUAAAACAAAAUCAAAAGUUACCUCUUUAGCUAAAUUUGGAACAAAACCACAGCUCUGA